AUGAUAAGAAAUCUCUGCUCAGGGGCUUUUUCAAGGGCCAUAUUUGCUGAAUUCUUAGGUACACUUUUAUUUGUAUUCUUUGGCCUUGGAAGCGCCCUAUCCUGGCCUUCAUCAUUGCCGAGUGUCCUGCAGAUCGCUCUUUCCUUUGGUCUAGCUAUUGGCACAAUGGUACAGACACUGGGGCAUAUCAGUGGAGCUCACCUCAAUCCAGCAGUUACAGUGGCUUUUCUGGUGGGAUCACAGAUCUCCUUAUGUAAAGCAGUUUUCUAUAUCCUGGCUCAGAUGCUGGGAGCUGUGGCCGGAGCCGGGUUAUUAUACGAGUUUACUCCAUCAGCAGUGCGAGGGAUCUUAGCUGUUAAUAUGCUCAGUAAUGAUACCACACCAGGAAAAGGUGUGGCGGUUGAGCUCUUCCUGACCAUGCAGCUGGUUUUGUGUAUUUUUGGCACAACUGACAGUCGGCGAACAGACAAUGUGGGAUCUCCAUCGCUAUCAAUUGGACUUUCUGUCACUUUAGGACAUCUCCUUGGGAUUUACUUCACUGGCUGCUCAAUGAAUCCUGCAAGGUCAUUUGGUCCAGCACUAAUUACAGGACAAUUUACUUAUCACUGGGUAUUCUGGGUUGGUCCAAUUGUUGGUGGAAUCUUUGCCUCCAUUAUCUAUAAUUAUCUACUUUUCCCUAUUGAGGGAGGUCCUCUGGAUAGACUGUCCAUUCUGAAGGGUAACUAUGACCCAGAACAUGAACGGGAGAGAGAAGAACACCGCAAGCAUUCUGUAGAGCUGAAUUCUUUUCACAACUAUCAUAAGAAUUUGGACAAAGCGUAA